AUGAAUAACAGAUCCUGUACUUCAGGCAACUUAAAACUCCAUGAACACAAAAUUCUACCUGCCAUUUAUGCCUUUGUUAUGAUUGUUGGUCUGGGAGGAAAUGGAUUGGGACUAAAGUCUCUGCUGCAGAAAAAGAAGAAACUUCGACACAUUAAUCUGUUCCUUCUGAACCUUGGAGUUGCUAAUUUUUUAUUCCUGCUAACACUCCCAUUUUUGUCAGCGUACUACUUUAUGGACAGUAAAUGGAUCUUUGGAGAUGCCUUCUGCAAGAUCACAAGAUUCUGCUUCAACCUGAAUUUAUACGGCAGCAUUGGAUUCCUCACCUGUAUAAGUGUGUACAGGUACCUGGCUAUUGUCCAUCCAAUGAGGAUGAUGGGGAGAAUAACUGUGACUCACUCUGUGGCUAUCUCAGUUGUGGUUUGGCUGUUGGUGAUUGCUCAAAGUCUUCCAGAUAUCUUCUUCUCCAAAAUCUCACCAAAUAAAACUGAAGAAUGCUACCAUACCACCUCUAACGAGUAUGUGGAGGAUUAUCUGAAAUACAGUGUGGGUUGGACAUUGACUGGGUUUGUUAUGCCACUCCUUAUUUUACUUGGCUGCUAUGGACAUGUGACUCUUGUUCUCUGUCAUGCAAAUACCAUAAAGGAGGUGGUGAAAAAACGAGUUUUAAAGUUGUUAUUCAUCUUGUGCCUUCUCUUCUCGGUUUGUUACAUCCCCUAUCAUAUUUUCAAGAACCUCAGCCUUUAUUCAAGAGUUUUGUCAAAACAAGGGGAAUGUCCAGAUUGGGAUGAGGGAGUCUUUGGGGCUCAUCAAAUAAGUCGUGGAAUUGUGUGUUUGAACAGUGUUUUGACUCCCCUGGUUUACCUCCAUGUUGUCAAAUGUGCAGAGAGGCUCAGCUUGGUGACCUCUGUAGACACUGUUACCGUUGUGUUCAGGAGCGUCACCUGUCUCGAGGGUGUAUACAGGAAACAGGAGCGGGCUACUGAGCUACAACCCACAGUAGCCCACUCAUCAUCCAGGUCCCAGAAAAAGUCAGGUGAACUGAGAUUGUGCUGUGAUUACAGGGAAUUCAACCGGAAGUCAGUACCAGACACGCACCCAAUCCCCAGAAUUCAGGACAUGCUAGAUUCCCUUCAUGGCAGCUCAUGGUUCUCUGUUCUGGAUCAGGGGAAAGCAUACCAUCAGGGGUUCCUGGACCCUGACAGCCUUCAUCACACCUUGGGGCUUAUACCAGUGUAA